AUGGCCGACGAGCCAGCCGUCCCGUCGCUCAAAGCCCGCAUUGCUGCCCUCAACCUACAACCAAAUGCUGGAGUCCUGCCCCCGAGCUACGGUCAAGCCAUAGGCGCAAAGAAACGUCCUCCCCCUCCGCCUUCGGCUCCCCCGCCCCGCCUCUCCUAUGAUGCUCGCAGCGAGAGCACCAACAACCCUCCGCUCCAGGACAAUGGACCAACUACUGCAAGAGGCAUUGGCAAUCUGCCUAUGGAGGCCGAGAACCAGCGACGCAUUCUUCCGCCUCCCACCAUAAGUCGCCCGAACGACGCGCCAGCAUUACCGGCUAGACCUCCACUUCCACCGAGACCGGCUUCUAUGCAGAAGAGCCCUGCGCUGCCACCACGCCGCCCCUCAGGACAGAGCAUACAGAGGAAAGAGAGUCAGGAAUCAAUUUCUACAGUCGCUUCGGGGCGCUCAACCUUCUCCGCACGGUCUGGUGGUACAAGCCUGAGCGGGGUAUCAGAGUCGCAUGGGAACAGAAUGAAAGCGCCGCCUUUUGAUCCCUCGACGCUACCCAAACUACCGCCCAAGAAGAGCAGGGCAGAGAAAGAUGCGGAUCUUCAUUCAGUUCGGUCGAAAUACUUGAACAAGUCUAAUGGCUCGACAUCACCUCAGCCACCAAGUCUGCCCGCCAGACCAGCUCUUCCUAACAGACCGAACACCGUGAGCUCCGCCAUGACACCCAGGCCAAGACGUUCUGCGCUCGAAUGGGGAAUGAACAAGGACACAGAGCAGUCCCCUCCUCUUCCAACCCGUCCUGGUCAGACGAUUGUAGAGGAACCCCCGCCUCUUCCAAUGUCUUCGAAACCUGACCUUUCCGCGUUGCAAGCCAGCAAACCGCAACCAACAGCGCAAAAGCCCUGCCUCAAGUGCCGAGAUUUCCGAGCGGUCGAUGCACAUGCAGCUCGUUUCCCGCGCGAGGCUAUACCAUCGCAUGAUCUGGGCUGGCUGGCUCACCAGCUGACUGAUCCCUUCCCGUCAUUGACUGACAAAGCCCGAGCUAUAUUCAGCUGGCUUCAUCAUAAUAUCGAUUACAACACACGCGACUUCUUUGCCAACAAUGUCAAGGGCUCGACUCCCGCCAGUACUAUUGCCACUGGUCUUGCUGUUUGUGAAGGCUAUGCCGCUCUUUUUUCCGCCCUCGCUUCUCAAGUCGGACUCGAAAGUGUUGUCAUUGGUGGUCAUGGUAAAGGGUUCGGCCAUGCGACUCUUUCUCCGGGCUCACCUGUGCCGCCUUUCGGUUGUGGGCACGCUUGGAAUGCCGUGCGCAUUGAUGACGGCGAAUGGAAGCUGAUCGACUGCUGCUGGGGUGCCGGUUAUAUCGACGGGGGCAGCCGUUCGUACACCAGGGCCUUCAAACCCGCCUACUUUAACAUGGAUAACAACGAGUUUGGGCUCAAACACUUCCCAGAAAACAACCGCUACUUUUUCAGGACCGACGGGCGGGUUAUUACGUGGGAAGAAUACAUCAUGGCACCACCAGGGGCGGAAGUGUACGGCUUCGCCGAAGACCAGGGCAUCAAGCAGACGUCGUUCCAGCCCAACGUCCGCGAAAUCCGCAUCUACGACCCGAGCCCCACGGCGCCGCCGAUCAUCCGCUUCCAGUUCGAGACGGUGUGUCCGCACUACAAUCCCGAGGCGCUGGGCAAGGGCAAGCCGUACAUGUACUUUUUGUGCGUCGAGGGCCGGGAUGGUCGCAACAAGCAGUUCCUCCCGUUUGAGACGAACGGACAGUUCUGGUGGUUGGAUGUCCAGCGCAUGGAGCUGGGCGCGCCGGGGCAGAAGAUCAUGAUUGCGGCGGGAACGAAGUGGAAGGAUGGCGGAGAUGGGAGUGGGAAGGGUGUUACAAGGCAAAUGUAUGAGAUGGAUAAGUACGGGUUUAGGUAUUAUGAUGGAGUUUGUACUUGGAGUUUGGGUUGA